CCCAUGAGGCACCGCGCUGGACAAAAGCCUCACCUUCCGGUGUCCUGGCUGAGGUAUCGCGGAUGGUCAGUGCUUUCUGGUGGGAGGAUCCUGAAGAAGGAUGGCCAGCUCUAGUUCUCAAGACAUGGUCUGUGGGUCAGUGACUUUCAGAGAUGUGGCUGUUGUCUUCUCUCGGGGGGAGUGGGCCUACCUGGAUGCUUCUCAGAGGGUCUUAUACAGGGACAUAAUGUUGGAGACCUACAGCAACCUCGUCACAGUGGUGGGAAGUUCCGUUUCCAAACCCGAUCUGAUCACCUUAUUAGAGCAGAAGAGAGAGCCCUGGAUGGUUGUGAAGAAACAAACAGCCAAGCCCAGCCCAGAUUUGGAGUCAGAUUAUAAAGUUCAAAAAACAUCUCCAGACAAUCGUAUUUCUAAUAUAAAUUUACCCAAAGAGAGCGUAAAGCAUAUAAGUAAAACUUUUGACCUCCAGGGCUCCAGUUUUAGAAAUGGCCCCAACUGUAUUACAUCCAAGGCACUACAGAGUAAUCAAGAAGGAGAUGCUAAUCAAAAGAUUACAAACAAGGAAAAACUACCUACUGACACCUGCCAGACUCCUACUCAUAAUACAAAAAAAACAUAUGAAUGUACUGAGUGUGGGAAACACUUUGGUUGUAGUUCAGAUCUUAUUCAGCAUCAAAGUAUUCAUACUGUAAAGAAACCCCAUGAAUGUAAGGAAUGUGGGAAAGCCUUCAGACUCCAGCAACAGCUUAGAAGACAUCAGAAGUCUCACAGUGCUGAGAGACCUUUUGAAUGUGAUGAAUGUGGAAAGGCUUUUCAACUUCCCAGCAUGCUUAAGUACCACAAAACCAUUCAUUCAAGUGUAAAACCAUUUGAAUGUGAGGAAUGUGGGAAGUCCUUCAAGCUAGUCUCCCACCUUGUUGAACAUAGGAGUGUUCAUGCUGGUGUGAAACCCUAUGAAUGUAAGGAAUGUGGGAAAGCCUUCAGACUCCUGCAACAGCUUAGAAGACAUCAGAAGUCUCACAGUGCUGAGAGACCUUUUGAAUGUGAUGAAUGUGGAAAGGCUUUUCAUCUUCCCAGCCUGCUUAAGUACCACAAAACCAUGCAUACAAAUAUAAAACCAUUUGAAUGUGAGGAAUGUGGGAAGUCCUUCAAGCUAGUCUCCCGCCUUGUUGAACAUAGGAGUGUUCAUGCUGGUGUGAAACCCUAUGAAUGUAAGGAAUGUGGGAAAGCCUUCAGACUCCAACAACAGCUUAGAAGACAUCAGAAGUCUCACAGUGGUGAGAAACCUUUUGAAUGUGAGAAAUGUGGGAAAGCCUUCAGACUUCCCCACCAACUAAAAGGACAUCAGAAAUCUCAUAGUGGUGAGAGACCUUUUGAAUGUGAGAAAUGUGGGAAGUCCUUUAAGCGAGUCUCCCACCUUGUUGAACAUAGGAUUAUUCAUGCUGGUGUGAAACCAUAUGAGUGUAAUGAGUGUGGAAAAGCCUUUAAACGUCGCUCAAACUUCUUGCAACAUCAGAAAAUUCAUUCUGAUGAGAGACCCUUUCAGUGUAAGGAGUGUGGAAAGGCCUUCACUGUUCUUGCAGAGCUCACUAAGCACCAGGACAUUCAUACUGGAGAGAAAUCAUUGAAUCAGCAGUGUGGGAAGAUACUCAGUUGUGGUUCAUUGCUUUUGCAGCACCAGAAAAUUCAUACUGGUGAGAAACCCCUUGAAUGUAAUGUAUGUGGGAAGACUUUUAGGCUUCAGGCAUACCUUUCUGAGCAUCAGAAAAUUCACACUGAUGAGAAACCUUUCAAGUGCAAGCUGUGUGGGUCAACCUUCAGACAAAAGUCCCAACUUAGUGAACAUCAGAGAAUCCAUACUGAUGAGAAACCAUAUCAAUGCAAGGAAUGUGGGAAAUACUUUAGUCGACGUUCAAAUUUAACUGGGCAUCAGAAUAUUCACACUGGAAAAAAACCCUUUAUUUGUAAGGAAUGUGGGAAAGUCUUUAGGGUUAAUAUACAUCUCAUUCGCCAUCAGAGAUUUCAUGGUGGUGAAAGACCCUUUGAAUGUAAAGAAUGUGGAAAGGCUUUUCAUCUUCCCAGCCAGUUUAACUACCACAAAAACAUUCUUCAUACAGGUCAAAAAACCAUUUGAAUGUGAGGAAUGUGGGAAGUCCUUCAAUCGAGUCUCCAGCCUUGUUGAACAUAGGAUUAGUCAUACUGGUGUAAAAUUAUAUGAAUGUAGUCAGUGUGGGAAAACCUUUAAUCAUUGAUCAAACCUUAGUCAACAUCAGAAAAUUCAUUCUGGUUUGAGACCCUUUCAGUGUAAGGAAUGUGGAAAGGCCUUCAUUGUUCUGGCAAAGCUCACUCAGCACCAGAGCAUUCAUACUGGAGAGAAAUUUUAAUGUGAGCACUGUGGGUCAGCCUUCACACCUCAGUACCAGCUUACUCAACAUCAGCUAAUUCAUACUUGUGAGAAGCUCUUUUAAUGCAAGGAAUGUGGGGGACCCUUUUGAUAUUAUUACCAAUUUCAUACUGGUAAAGAUCCUUAUAAAUGUAAAGAAUGUGGGAAGUACCUUACUUGUGAUAGAUACCUUAAAGCACAUCAAGGAAUUCACACUAGUGAGAAGAAACUUUACCAAUGUUAAGAAUUUGGUUGGAAGCCCUUCAGUCGAAAAUGAAAGUUUGUUUGACACAUAAGAUUCAUAUUGGAAAGAAGCCUUAUAGAUGCAAGGAAUGUGGAAAAGCCUUGAGCAGUAAUUCUGAGCUACCUGUAUAUCAGAAUUCAUAAUGGUGAGAAAUCCUAUGAAAGUCAGAAAUGUGGGAAAAUGUUUAGAUUUAGUUCAGCCUUCACUGCACAGCAGAGAAGACAUACUGGCAUGAAGCCCUAACACUAUAAAGAAUGUGGAAAGACCUUUAAGUAGAGCUCAGUCCUUAACAUAAAGGAAACCAUGCUGGUGUGAAACCCUAUGAAUGCAAGGAAUGUAGGAACGUUUAUUGAAUUAGCUCAGCUCCUAAAUCCCAUCAGAGCCCAGUAGGCUUGAAACUCUGUGAAUGUAAAGAAUGUGAGAAAGCCUUUAUUGUAAAUGGUAAGCUUACAAGACAUUGAAAAUCCAUAAUCAUCAGUUCUAUGCGUGUAAGAAGGUAGACAAGCCUUGUAUGGAAGUUUUACUGAACAUCAGAGGACUCAUGGUCAAGACUGUUCCUGAAAAGAAUGUGGGAAGAAUAAUCUGCCCUAAGAUUUGGUCAACAUCAGAGUAUUCAUAUAUUCUUGAUGCCAAGAUCCCUUAGAGAAUCAGAGUGUGGGAAGUAUGUUGUUCCAAGGAGGUAUUCUGUUGAGAAUGUCUUUGAAUGUCAGAAAUAAUAGGGAAGACAUCAUGUUCUUGAUUUACUUUCAUCUUGUUAAUUUUAUAAACUUAAUAUAUCAAUCACUUCUCAGCCAACUUAGGGAGAGCAGUUAUUGGAACUAGGUUUAUUUGUAGCAUCUUCCUUGUCACUAUUAACAUCCUAUGGCUUCUGUUAAUGGCCAGCACAAUAUCUGCCAAAGUCAUGGGGACAAGGUUUUAAUUGAUAUAAAAUCCUUGAAAGAGUAUUUGCUUCAUGCCCUCAUUCUGUAAAGUAGCUUUUAAAGUGUUCUCGCUUUUAUAGGCAUUACUGUAACUGAUAUGAAAAUCAAAUCAUACUGCAGAUACCUUAGAAAAUCCUCAUGCAUUUCUCCACUAUAAAUUUAAAAUAACUUCGUUCUGUAUACAUCUAAUGCAUGAAAAGGUACAUGAAAGGACUUUCAUUGAGAAUCCAUUCUUUAAGUAUUUGUGUGAAGUUGUUAAAUACACAACUGUUAAUGAAUAAGUACUUUUUUUAAAGGGGUUAAACACAGAAAUUUCAAAAGGUAAAACCCUAUAAUGUAUGCUCUCUGCCCAGAUAUUAAGAUAAGCUAUACAUUUGUGACAGGGCAAGACAGUACAGAGGCUCCUCCAUCUCAUAUUCUUGCUGAGGCCAUUUAAAGUUUGAGCAGAAUUUGACUUAUGAUGGAGAAUCUUGGGAAAUAUUCCCCAGCUAUAGUCUAGGAGCCAGAGAUCAAGAUCAUCUGGCUACUUUAUCCUGGCUUCUGUUUAACUGUGUGCUUGGGCAAAAGCUCCCUUUCCAGCAGCUGAGCAAGAUAACAGGAUGUAGUUUUUUUCUUUUAAUAGCCCUUUGCUCUGAAUGCUUGGGGCUACACUUCGAUCCCAAAUACCUGAGUGAUGUUCCAGCAAACUGGAAUAACGACUUUCAGUCGGCUAUAAACUCUUGUCUGAAUAGUCUUCUCUGGUGACCUUCCGGGAAAACAUUAACAGAAAUAGCCAAAAUUGAAACUACUUAUAAAAGUACAUGUGUGAAAUUUUUUUAUAUAUAUGGAAAAGUUGGAAGAAUCAACAACAGACUUCUAUGUCCCACCUAGAUUCAAAAUUGUCAACAGUUUACUAUGUUGAUUCUGUUUUUCUGUGUAUAUGGGUAUUUGGGGCUGUACCAUUAAGAAUACCUUUUAAAACCUGAUGGUGGUGGUACAUACCUUUAAUCUAACCAGCACUCAGGAGGCAGAGACAGGUGGAUCUCUAUAAGUUCAAGGCCAGAGUGAUGUACAUAGCUAGUUCCAGAGGGCUAGGGUGGGUACACAGAGAAACCCUUUCUGAAUUAAAAAAAAAAAGAAUAUGCUUUAGAGUUAGAUGUGUGUGAUAGUAUAUGUCUGAAUCCCAGUACUAGGAAUGCUGAGGCAGGACAAUCAAGAGUUGGACGCAAGUUUAGCUACAUUGUGACUUCAAGUCCAACUUUGGCUGUCUAGAGACCCUUUUUUAAAAAACAAAGUUUUAGACUUUCCAUUUUAUAAUUUACCACAGCAGCUAAGAUGGAGUGUCAUCUCUGCUACAGAACCAUAUUAUUAAAGAAAUGACCCAGACACUCUUUUUUGGGUAGACACUCCCCACCCCACCCCCUGCCCCAACCCCAGGCUGUGCUUGCCCAAAGACCAGGUAGGCCAGCCACCCCAUGGAUCUUCCUCACUUUCUCAGUCUCCUUGGGUAGACAUCUGCCCAACCACAGGUAAUGCCUGCCAGAAGACCUUUCUCACUCUCUAGCACCCAACAUAUCAAUCCUCAGUUGUCCCUCAACCCUCAUUGCUGUGUCCUAGCUCCCAACUCUGGCAGACACCCCCGUCUAAGCACAGGCCAUAUCUCCCAGAAGAUCAGGUGGCUGCCCACCCAUGGACAUCCACUCUCAGUGAACCCACCUAGGACCCAACCCUCAACCCCUUCCCCUCCUUGUUGCCAUAUCCCAGCUUCCAGCUCAGGUGGAGACUUCCUGCAUGGACCAUAGGAUACACUACCAGAACUCCAUCUAGGCAAUCCACCCACUGACCUACAUUCUCUUGGUGCCCUACCCUAAACACUGGCCCCCAAUUCUCCCUCCCUUGUCUCUGUGUACUAGCCUCCAACUGGGGCAGAGACUGGUGCUGGGUCAGAGGCCACGUAGGCUUCCAGAACUCCAGGUAGCUUUCCCUGCCUGCAGAAUUCCUAGACUCUUGGUUCCUCCCCCUCACAAUCCCCAAACCCCUUCCCCUCAUCACUGUGUCCCAGUCCCCAACUUGGGCCCAAGACCUCUUGCUCAACAAGAAACCAUAUUAGCAACCAGACGACUAGAGAGGAAACAAACCAAAGAACAAAACACCCAUCCAACAAAGACAAACCCAGAACUUGGCACCUAGAUCUAUAAUCACACCAAACUCAGAUGCUUAGAUGCCAGCAUAAGAACACAAUCAGCAACUGGGUCAGUGUCACCAUCAGAGCCCAGCCAUCCUAAUACAGUAGGCACUGAAUAUUCCAACACAUUUGAAACAUGAGAAAAAGGACUCAAAUCCAACUUCAUGAAGAUAGAGGUUCUAAAAGAAGUGAAUAAAUUCCUCAAAGAAAUCAAGGAAAAGACACAGAUAAUUGGAGGAAAUGAAUAAAUCCCUUCAAGAAAGCUAAGAAAAACAGUUGAACCCAACAAACAAACAAAAACUUUUUAAGACCUGAAAAAAGAAAUAGCAAUAAAGAAAACAAAACUGAAGGAAUUCUGAAAAUUGAAAAUCUAGCUAAAUGAACUGGAACUACAGUUGUAAUCAUCACCAACAAAAUACAAGAGAUGGAAGAGAGAAUCUCAGGCAUUGAAAUAUGAUAGAAGAAAUAGAUACAUUGCUCAAAGAAAGUUUACCUAUAAAAAGUUCCUGAAACAAAAAUCCAGGAAGUCUGGGACAAUGAAAAAACCAAAUCUAAGAAUAAUAGAAAUAGAAGGAGAAGAACCCCAACUCAAAGGCCUAGAAAAUAUUUUCAAGAAAAUUGUAGAAGAAAACUUUCCUAACCUAAAGAGGGAGAUGACUAUAAAAGCACAAGAAGCAUACAGAACACCAAAUGGCUUGGGUCUGAAAAGGAAGUUCCCUUGUCACAUAAUAAUCAAAACCAAAACAUACAGAAGAAAAUAUUAAAAGCUGAAGGGAGAAAGAACAAGUAACAUGUAAAGGUAGGCCUAUUAGAAUUACACCUUACCUUUUACUGGAGACUAAUACAAGCUAGAAGGGUCUGUGCAGUUGUCCUGCAGACUCUAAGAGACCACAGAUAUCAGCGGAGACUAUUAUGCCCAGCAAAUGACCCAGAGUUUUAAGAAACUCAGAAAUUCGUCAUUGGCUUUCAAACUGUGCUUUUACAAAUUUAUGUAUCCUAAGGAGAAUCCAAUAUAGAUAAAGAUUAGGCCUUGCUCUGUCCUUUAUUCAAUUUUCAGUGUUGAUUGAAGCUAGGUCCUUGUGUGUGGCAGAUAGGCGCUCAGUCACCAAACUACAUUACAAGCCUUUAGCCACUGUUGCCUUCUAUCUAAGGAAAUUAAGGUUCAGAUGACUCAUUUUGGAUAAGAAUACAUUAAAGAUUGUGUAUCUUUUAACAUAUCCAGAAGUGCUUACAUGGCAGCUACCACAUUAUUUAAGAAAUUAAACUUGUUCAUUUGGUUAAGGCGGUGGCUGCCAGAGGUUCACUAAAAGGUCUAGCUUGUUGUGGAUAUGUAAUCUACAUGGAGAUACUAUUACAUUCAAAUUUUUAUAGUUAUGGUUACUUAAAUACUGGGUCAAAUGUAAGUAAAAACCAAAAUGCUGAGUGAAGAACAUAAUAAUGUCAACAGAAUUCAAGUUGUGUGGUGUAACUGAUGGUACAAAAUUAAUACCAUUCAAUGAAAGCAGGGAACAAGACUAUUUUGAAUGGACCCUUGUUUUUGUUGCCAUUUUAACCCCAAAUAUAAGCACUGUCCCUGGCAUAUGAGUAAUUGACAAAGUUGGAAAAAGUUAAGCAUUCAAGUCAAGAAGCUACAGAAGAAACCCUAAACCAGUAUAAAGAUGGCAUCAGCAGUAAAUGAAAAUUAAUAGGAGAUAGUUUCAUAUUUUAAGAUAUACUUAUUUUAUGUAUAUGAAUGUCUUGCCUGCAUGUUUUCAGACAUUUUAUUUUAUGUAUAUGAGUGUCUUGCCUGCAUGUGCACUUUCUGUGUGCCCUGGUGUCUCAGGGUGCCAGAAGAGGGUGCCAGAUGCCCCUGGAACUGGAGUUAGGACAGUUGUGAGUCACCAUGUGGGUGAUGGAGACUGAAUUUGAGUCUAAUGUAAGAAAAUACAGCAUGUGUUCUUAAUUGCUGAGCCAUCUCUCUAGCCCUGAUGAUGAUAAUUGUAAUGUCUAAAGAGAGAAAUAUUUCUUCAAGAUCACAAAUAUACACAAUUUUCCUCCAUUUAUUUUUUUCUAGAGUUAUUUGAAUUUGGUAUUUUACUGGAUUCUAAAGUAUAUUGUUACAAUGCCAUCUCAAAAAUUUACCUCCAUUUUGUUAAUGCCUAUCUUGAAUGAUACCUUCAUAUGAAUGAUCUUUUUGGGAUAGGUUGCUCUGAUUCUAGUUCAUUGUGGUGAAGAGAGUUGUCUAGUAGAAAAUUCAGUAAUGGGUAAUGUCUUAGGGUUUCUAUUGCUGUGAAGAGACACCAUAACCACAGCAACUCUUAUAAAGGAAAACAUUUAAUUGGGGCUGGCUUACAGUUUCAGAGUUUCAGUCCAUUACCAUCAUGGUGAGAAGCAUGGUAGUAUGCAGGCAGACCUGGUGCUGGAGAAGGGGCUGAUAGUCCUACAUCCAAAUACACAGGCAUUGGGGAGAGCUUGCUUAAGCACUUGAGACCUCAAAGCCGACCCCCUAGUGACACACUUCUUCCAACAAAACUACACCCACUCCAGCAAGACCCAAUAGUGCCAUUCCCUAUGAGUUGAUGGUGGUCAUUUUCUUUCAAACCACCAUGGGUAACAAUCACCUUGCAAGAUACUGUAUGAUUAUGCUUGUGUUGUAUAGAAACAUAGAUACAUUUGUGUAUUUUACAUGGUGCUGUGUGGUCAUGUGUGUACAAUGUGGUUGUGUGUGUUUCCACAAUGUCAGGAGUUAUUGAAUGAGCAAUAAAUUUACAACUGCUGUCA